AUGAUUGAAAUUGCGUCAUUAUUACAAAGAAAUCUUCAGCUUCCCACAGACUCUGAGGAAAUAUUUCUUUAUCAGAUUUUUGAUGGACUACAUAAAGUUGAUAUAACAGCUCUAACUUCAGCUUUUUUUCAAAUAUAGCAUAGUCUAGCUUUUCAUCUGUCUUUGGCUAUAAAAACUCUGGAAUUCCUUCCAGCUAACUAUCAAAACUUGUAAGAGCUUAAAUAAAUUUCCAGAUCUCUUUGGACCGCCAAUUUUAAGCCAGCCAAAAUAAGAAUUUCUAAGGCUUUGCAGCUCAAUAGUAGAAUAAAAGCUUUCCCUAGCUAUAUACAUCCAGGAAAAAUCUCCGCAAUAUGUUACGAGUUUAUGCAAACUUAGAAAUGGCAAUUUAUUUUGUGCUGGAGUUUAUUGUAAAGAGCUUAAUAUAGCAGGAAUUGCUUUUACUCUUGAUGUAAAUACUCUUCAAGUUACACCUCUGCCUUAUGGUCCUAAAAUAUAUGAUCAGGGUCUUAUAAAUCAUAAUGAAUUUGUGUAUGCUUUCGGCGGAAAAGAGCAAAAAGGAGAUAACUUUUUCAUAAGCGGCUUGGCCUAUAGAUUUAAUUUAUACAUUUUUAAGUAAAUAAUUUUCAUACUAUUUUAUCCUCAAAAAAAUGGCUUCUAAAUUUUUUGUUUACUAAUGUGUUUUGAGGACUUUCUAAUCAGCUAGGCUAAUUUUAUUAAAAUGGAUAUCUUCUUCUAGAUGGGAAAGAAUCGCAAAAAUGCCUCAGCCAAAUUAUCAAAUUUCCUGCAUUGAAUAUGAGAGAUUUAUAGUAGUAGCUGGCUAUGAAGAAAAAAUAUAAGCCAAGAUGGAAUUAGCUCGAUUGACCCUGAGAUACUUUUAUUUAGAUUAAUUUUUCUACCCAGUGAGGUUUUUUGCUCAGCUGACAAAGAGCUCAUCCUCAGCCAAGCUCUACCAUCGGUAAAAAGGACUUUGGGCUCCUGGAUAGCGAAAUUGCAUUGAAGACGAAUGCUUUGCUCAAAACAACGGAUGUAAGGUUAAGAUAAAUCGCCCUGUCAUCGCUAGCGGUGCCUUAAGGCCUAGCACAAUGAGCUUUUGCUCCUCCAUAAAAUGGUCUUAAGAUCCCUAAAUGCAAAGGUCAAGGUUAAGAUUAAGUUUAAGCUGGUUAUGAAGAUGAAACCAUAUAUCUUUAUGAUUAUAUCACAAACAGUUAUGCGCCCUUAUUCUUAUUUACCAAACGCAUACCUAAAACUUUAUUUAAAUAUAAUUCAGAGUUGUUUUUAUUAGAAGGUGCAAAACUAUGAAAGUCUGCUAAUUUUGCUAGUUGGGAAUUAGUGAUGGAAUAUUCAUAUAUUAAUAAAUAUACUGUGACAACUAAUGUGCUGAUAAAAGAGAAAAUUGCUUAUUUUGCGAUAAAUUUUAAAAGUAUUGCAAUGCUGAAUUUUGAAACUUUUGAAUUAAAUAAAACAAUACUGGUAGGUUAG